AUGACGAGUGCUCUGCUGUCACUAUCACACACAGCACUGACACACUUACAGAUCCUCAAGAAUGAAGACAAGCCGGCCGUCGAGCUGUGCGCCGAACGCGACCUGAGCAGCUACUCCCGCUUCACCCGCUCCAGUGUCGGCGAGUUCAUGUCGCUGUUCACAAAGACCGUCGCCGAACGCACCAAACCGGGCCAACGUCAAGACGUCGAAGAACAAUCCUACACCUUCCACGCCUACGGCCGCAGCGAAGGCGUCGCCGGCAUCAUCAUCUCCGACCAAGAAUACCCUGCCCUGGUUGCCCACCAGUUGCUGUCCAAGAUCAUGGAUGAGUUCUUGUCUCGCUACCCACGCUCUGCGUUUGCAAACUCGAAUGCAGAGUUGCCGUUCCCCCCGCUCAAGGAGUACAUUGUCAAGUACCAGGACCCGCACGCUGCCGACAGCAUCAUGAAGAUCCAGAAGGAGUUGGACGAGACCAAGAUUGUGCUGCACAAGACCAUUGAGAGUGUUUUGGAGCGUGGAGAGAAGAUUGACAACUUGGUUGCCAAGAGUGAUGGCCUUAGUGCUCAGAGCAAGAUGUUCUAUACUCAGGUAUGUGAUGCUCCUGCCCUUGUUGGAACUCUCGAGCAGCAACGACUUGAUAUUGACUUUCUGUUCUACNAGGCCAAGAAACAGAACUCGUGCUGCAUUGUCAUGUAG